GCAGAAACUUGAUUUCUUUCUUAUAAUAUAAUAAUCAAUGACAUAAGUUACUAAACGGAUUCCGUUACCGUUAAAGUCUCUAUCACUCUUUUCGUAUUAGUCGGAGACGAAAGUUGUGCUUUUGUAUCCAAUAGCUUGAACUAAUAUAAUUAUUGUAUAGAAAUUGUUAUCAAUUGGUAGUGGAUGCAAGUGAAGUGAUAGACACAAAAUGUGGCCCUCAAUAUUGGAUAUAGCUAAAAUGAAUCCAUUUGGGACACCGUUCGUGACAACUACAUGUCAGAGACAAAAUGAACUAACACAAGCACUGGUUAAGAAUCGUCACAUUGCCGCUGCUUCUGUCGCAUCAGGCGAUAGCUGUGAAUUUGGAUCAAAUAAGUACUUCAUGCUAUGUGGUUUAGGAGGUAUUUUGUCAUGUGGUAUUACCCAUACUCUUGUUACUCCUUUGGAUUUAGUAAAAUGCCGUAUUCAAGUAAACCCUGCAAAAUACAAAUCAGUUUUUAAUGGAUUUCGAGUAACUUUGGCGGAAGAUGGAACUCGAGGUUUGGUUAAAGGAUGGGCUCCAACAUUCUUUGGUUAUUCUACGCAAGGAAUGUUUAAAUUUGGACUUUAUGAAGUCUUUAAAGUAUAUUACUCGGCUCUUGUUGGAGAAGAAAUGGCAUAUGAAUUUAGGACAUCGUUGUAUUUAAUUUCUUCAGCAUCUGCAGAAUUUUUUGCUGAUAUUGGUCUAGCUCCUCUUGAAGCUGCUAAAGUUAAAAUUCAAACUACACCAGGAUUUGCAAAUACUUUGAGAGAAGCUGUGCCAAAGAUAUAUGCAGAAGAAGGCAUUACUGGAUUCUAUAAAGGACUUGUACCUUUAUGGCUUCGUCAAAUUCCAUACACAAUGAUGAAAUUUGCUUGUUUUGAACGUACAGUUGAACUUUUAUACAAAUAUGUAGUUCCUAAGCCAAGGCAAGAAUGUUCAAAAGGUGAACAGUUGGUUGUUACCUUUGCUGCAGGAUAUAUUGCUGGUGUAUUUUGUGCAAUUGUAUCUCAUCCUGCUGAUUCU